AGCAUGUAUUACUACUCGCCAUAUUUUAUAAAUUCAAACGAUAGUGGCGGAAUGGUAGCCUUGCGCACGUCACCAGCCUCAUUAUGACAUCAUACACGUUACGUUCCUUUUGUUCUUUUUACUUGUUAAAUGCCCUGUUUGUUUCGAGAAGACGGAUCAGAAGUUUUCUAGCCAUUUUAACCGCACAUUUUUUCUGUUUAUAAUCUGCUCACGAAGCUACGAAGAUGCUUCGCUCCAGAAUCUCAAAUUUACCAUUUGUGGAUGGAGCGCACGACAUGUAUACGACAACUAACAAAAGCCACUUUAAAUUAGCAGACACCACCGUCGCGCCGAAACGAGACAUUAUCCUUCAGCCGGUCUCACCAGACUUCCAGCACAGAGACCAGAAUUACCUCGAAGUAAAGCACCAGACGGAGACAGCGCUGUCCUUCCCGCCGCGUCCAGCAGCUGCUGUCACGCAGCCAACAUUAACCCACCUCACCAUGCUGAGAACCAACUUUAAACUGCAUUCAGAAGACAGCUGUGGAGACUUUAAGACCACUCAGUCUGAUGAGCUAAAGCCCCUACCGACGUGUGCCGCCAAAAUCAUUCGUCCCCUGAAUGCAGUCAUGACAGGCCUCUCUGAGGACAAAUAUCCUGAGCCCACUUAUAGAGCUUCCUACAUCAAACAUAAAGUGUCCCGGACCCUCAGAGCAAAGCAGUCGGCUAAAACAGGUGUCGGAUCAAGUCUAAUCAUGGACAGAAGGGACCGAUACCGUUCCAGUUAUCAUGAGCAGUUCCAGUACAGAUGGUCUCCUCGUCCUCCUCAGUCCACAGAGAAGCAACAAAUUCAGUGUUCAUCUGUGGCGAUGGGAGAUCAUGAAAAGACAACGGACAAACUAACAAUGUAUUCUACCUCAUUCAGACAAUCGGAUGGCCAUGGUGGUGCUGAAUUCAAAGAAUGUCUGCUUCCUAAGAUAAGUAAAUGUCGGCCCAUCAACCUUCGGGAAGUUCCUGACCACAAAUGGACAACAGCCUUAUUUGAAGAUUUUCAUGCAUACAAAGGAGGCUCUAUUCACCUAGAGCGCAGAUGCCCGACUCUCAGCUCUGUGUUCAAAGGAAAGAUACUGAUGGACAACAAGGACAGACUGUCAACAACAAACCAGUGCUUUUUCCCGAAGAUAAAGCGCUCCCAGUUCUCAGUGCAUGUGGACGGAGCCGGGAUCAAGACUUUGAACAAUGUUAAACUCAGGAGGCUUGAUCUAGAUGACACAACAGCACAGGAGCAGCUACCAUUAAAAGAGGCGGUCCAUCCCAAGCCUCCGAUCUACUCGCCUAGCCAUGUGCUGUGUGAGCAAGAACCAGAUUGGAUGCUCACAACCAUGCAAAAAGAUUUUGCCCCUCUGAACUCUAGAAGACAGAAAAUGAGCCCGAGCCAGCUUUAGCAGGUUAAAGAAAGCCAUAUCAGGCCCUGGCACAGCGAACAUGACUUCAGGACAACCCACAACAAAGCAUUUGUUCCCAAACCCUACUGCAAGGCAUCCCUGGAAUAGCCACUUCUUCAACACAUCAGCAAUAUGCCGUUUUGAGUUGAAAAUGUCCGAAUCACGGAAAAAGUCGCUACUCUAAACAAAUGUCAUUUUCUGGCCGAAAGCCUCCUUUAGCGUAUUGUUCAUGCAUAUUCAACUGAACUCCGAAAUCCAACUCAACUCUAGCAUACAAUAAUAACCAACAGGAACAAUGACUGUUAUGAUGGAUUUGAUAUUGUUGAUGACGUUUAAUGACAAACACCUAUAUGCAUAAACUGGCUUAAAAAGGACACAUACAUUUGUUUAGAGUGCAGACAUUUUU